AUGGCCCAGAAGGCGCUGUCGCUCCUGCCGCUGCUGCUGCUGACCGCGGCAGGUCUCGUGGGCCUGCUACUGCUCUGUAUCCACACCCGGGACGUGCGGGAGCCGCCGGGCCUCAAGUAUGGCAUUGUCCUAGAUGCUGGCUCUUCGCACACGUCCAUGUUUGUCUACAAGUGGCCAGCAGACAAGGAGAAUGACACUGGCAUCGUGGGUCAGCACAGUCACUGUGAUGUGAAAGGGGGAGGCAUCUCCAGCUUCGCAGACAACCCCCCUGGAGCUGGCCUGAGCCUGUUGCAGUGCUUGGAGCAGGCCCUUCGGGACGUGCCUAAGGAGAGACACACAGGCACGCCCUUGUACCUGGGAGCCACAGCGGGCAUGCGGCUGCUGGAGCUGACCAGUCCCCAGGCCUCAGCCAAGGUGCUGGCGGCAGUGAGACAGACGCUGAGAAAAUACCCCUUCGACUUCCGUGGAGCCCACAUCCUCUCAGGCCAGGACGAGGGGGUGUUCGGCUGGGUGACUGUCAACUACCUGCUGGAGAACUUCAUCAAGUACAACUGGGUGGGCCAGUGGCUACAUCCUGGGAAGGUGACUCUGGGGGCCAUGGACCUGGGAGGUGCCUCCACUCAGAUCACCUUUGAGACUGACAGAACAGUGGAAGAUCCAGCCAAUUCGGUUCAGCUGCAGCUCUACGGCCAGCGUUACCACGUCUACACCCAGAGCUUCCUCUGCUAUGGCCUCAACCAGGUCCUCUGGAGGCUGCUGGCCAGAGUCCUCCAGGUGCACAUCCACCCCUGCUGGCCAAGGGGCUACGUCACCGAGGUGCGCCUCCAGGACGUGUACGGGUCCCCGUGCACAGCAGCCCAGAGGCCCCAGAGCUUUAACAACAGCGCCAGCGUCAGCAUUCAGGGCGGCAGUAACCCUGUCCUCUGCCGAAACCUUGUCGCUGGCCUCUUUAACUUCUCUUCCUGCCACUUCUCCCGCUGCUCCUUCAAUGGUAUCUUCCAGCCACCUGUCACGGGAGAGUUUAUCGCCUUCUCAGCUUUCUUCCACAUCACGGACUUCUUAAAGAUGGUUAUGAGGACUCCCAUUACAACCCUGAAGCAGCUGGAGGAGGCCACGGUGGUCAUCUGUAACCAGGACUGGAAGGAGUUGCAGGGGCGGGCGCAGAAUCGGUCCCACCUGACCGAUUACUGCGCAGGGGCCAUGUUCGUGCACCAGCUGCUGAGCCAUGGCUACCACUUUGAUGAGCACACUUUCAGCGGCGUGACCUUCCAGAAGAAGGCGCGGGACACCGCGGUGGGCUGGGCGCUCGGCUACAUGCUGAACCUGACCAACAUGAUCCCGGCCGACCCGCCGAGGCUGCGCAAGAGUUCCGAGUUCGGUUCCUGGGUGGCCCUCCUGCUGCUGUUCUCCGCCCUGCUUCUGGCCGCGCUCGUACUGCUGCUGCGCCGGGCACGCACCACCAAGUCAUCCAGUGUCCACUAG